CUCAGGUGGAGCUGUGCUUGUGUUUACGUUAUGCUGUAACACAACAUCGACUGAAUUUGAAGACGCAUGUCUGUAGGGCUAUAGUAUAAAUGACAAUAUAUGGGUUAUGUUAUAGAUUUCCAGUGCUGCAGGGUUUGCCUUUUUUGAAGUUCCCAAGCCUUAAACAGAAAAGCCACCUCAUCAUCACGUAGUAGUCCUGAGUGAUGCUGAGGCCCUCAGUCAGUGAGGGUGAUGGAGCUCCGCCAGGAAAUUAUGUUGCAAGUGGGUAUAGUGUAUAUGAAGAGGACAAUGAACAUUUACAGGAAGGUUUAAGGGCAAAAGUUAAAGCUCUAAAACAUCUUUCAAUUGAUAUUGGAACCGAAGUAAAAUUUCAAAAUAAAAUGUUGCAAGAAAUGGACUCGGACUUCGACUCAACUGGCGGCCUGCUGGGGGCCACCAUGGGAAGGCUGAAAGCACUCUCCAGGGGCAGCCAGACAAAGAUCUUCUGCUACGUGCUCUUGUUUGCGCUCUUUGUCUUCUUCGUCCUCUACUGGGUGAUCAAGCUGAGGUGAUGAAGUGGGAACGUACCUCCCCCCGCCCCCGGACCAGAAAGGCAGCGUUCCCCACUCCCAGAGCUGUAUUAAAGGAUGGGCGUGAAUCUCAAAACAAAUGUGCUGCCCAUUUGUUUAAAUGGUAAUGUGCAAUAUGGAUGCUUGGCAGCCAGCCAGCCAGUAUAGAUACUGCCAUAGAUAAUUUUUUUAAUGUGAAAGUGUCAGUUUGUUCUGGACCUUUUAAGACUGGAAAAAAGAUCUUGUAAGAUAGAAGCAAUGUCAGUACCUGAAUCUGUGAUUUAACUACCUAAGUUGGACUACAUCCAUUCAAAUCCAACAUUUUCAAAUUUUCAUCUGUAAGCAAAAUGAGAAAAGUAGAAGGGGCUAAGAUACAUGAAAACAUAUUUGAACCUCCUUGUUUUACAUGUGUAUACUCAUGUAGUUGAUCGGUUUAAUUAUAUGGAGAGAAUUUAUGAUUUCAUACAUAUUGUACAUCAGUUUUAUUGCUGAAGACAUAGGCAUGCCCCCCUUUUUGUUGCAGCACCAUUACUGAACUGCAGCUGAGAUAUGUUGCAUGUGGAAGACUUGGCUCGACUAAAUCCGAUAGUUUUUAAAUGUGACACCCUGACCCAUCAGUUUCACUUUAUUACAGUGGUGAAGAUGUCUGUCAAAUUAAUAAAAUGUAUCUCUAACAUUGCAGAUAUAUACAAGAUGUAAUUAUAUCAUUAUUCCAUGAUACAUUUUGAGCAGAUUUUUCAAAAUUUCAUUAGGUGACCAGAUUUUUUUAUAUAUAUUAUACAGUAUAAAGGCAUGGUUCAUUGGAUUUCAGUAGGAUAUAU